AUGUCAACUUUUUCAAUAAAUUCAAAUAUUAUUCAUAUUGGAAUGAUCCGUAAUGGAUGUUUUGAUUAUCAAUUUGAUUUAAAUUAUCCUUCACAAUUAAAUCAAAUAAUAAGUCAAGAGCAAUUUGAAGAAUCAAUAAAUGAAAUAAAUCGUUCAACUAAUGCAUCAUUUAUUGAAAAAUUCAAAAUAAUUAUUUGUUUAUUAUGUGCAAUUACUGGACUUGUAAUAUCUGUUAUUGGAGGGAUUUUUCAAGACACUUUGAAUGAUAAAAAUGAUGAUCUUCCAAAAUAUGAAAUUAUUCAAUUUAAUGGAAAUUCUGUUGGUUAUCAUUCGACAUCGAAUGAACAAGAACAAAAUCCUCCUCCACCAUAUUCCAGUCUCUGUACAUAG